AUUAUUGAUAUAAGUCGUUGGAAACGAACGGUUCGGUUCAAUUCGCCACAGUUCCGUGGUAUUGCUUCUUCGUAAAAACUGCCUUAUGAGAUCCACGCACACAUUCAUCGAGGUGACAGAGGAAGAGGAAAGGAUCAUUAGAAAAUGCUUAUUAGGUUACACAAAACCCUUCAUAAAAUGCGGCUCAAAAGGUUACGUAAUGCCGGGAAGUUUCAGGAAGCACGCGGAGGCUAUAUACAACUUCAAAGUACGACCUGAUGAUGUAUGGGUUGUCUCAGUGCCAAGAUCAGGAACAACGUGGACCCAAGAAAUGGUGUGGUUGCUGGAAAAUGAUUUAGAUUACAAAACUGCCAAAUCGAAGCCGUUGUUUGAACGGUUCCCAAUGCUUGAAACCACGUCGCACAUACCAGAAAUGGGCCACAUUUUCAUCAGAAUGAACUUCAUGAAUCUGGGUUCCUUUCAAGGAUUAAAGAAAGCGUCUCAGACCCCGAGCUGGAAAACCUUAGAAAUGGCGCCCUCACCACGCUUCAUUAAAACUCAUCUACCUCUGUCGAUGCUUCCCCCUAACUUACUCAACACUGCCAAAGUUAUUUACGUGGCUAGGGAUCCUAGGGACGUUGCUGUCUCAUACUAUUAUUUGCACAAAAUGAUUGCUAAGAAAUUCAUGCGAGCCUCCUUCGCAGAUUUUUGGAACGCUUUUAAGAGAGACUUAUUACCCAUGACACCGGUUAUUGAACACGUCAAUGAGUCCUGGGACCAAAGACAUAACAAGAAUCUACACUUUUUAUUCUAUGAAGACAUGAAAAAGGACUUGAAAAGAGAAAUACAAGGAGUAUGUAAAUUCUUGGAUCGAAAUUACACAGAUGAAAAAAUAAAUGAGUUAGUCAAUCAUCUUAGUUUCGAUAGUUUUCGUAAUAAUAAAAAUGUAAACAACAACGCCAACGGAGACGGAAAGAUUCAAUUUAUACGUAAAGGAGAAGCCGGUGGCUGGCGAACACAUUUUGAUGCUGAGAUGAAGAUUGAAGCUGAAUUCUAUCUUUCAGCGAGGCUUAAAGGACUCGACCUGAAAUACCCGUCUUGGAGCUCGAAAUAGUCCUCUCAUAUUAUUACUUACACCAGCUUAGGUAGUUGAAACAUCUUUAUAAGACGACAUCAGUUCCUAACUUUGGGUUGAAAUCUUUUUAAUUUUUAUGAAGUGAGUGGAGUCCCUGUAUUGAAUCUCCGAAAUUUUAACUGAUUUACGAUUUUGGCAUAUAGUUUCUUAGUUCGUGUAAUUCGCUGUUCCUAUGUCUUCUGUAUGUAAAUCAUGAACAUAAAAUUCACCUAUUUAAUAAAAAGAUAUUAUUUAUUAA